UUAUUAACGUAACUGCCAAACAGUUUUCACAAUCAGUUUGAAGUCAGUUCAAACGACAAUCUCAGCAAAGCAACGCGUAAUGGAGGUCAAAAUAUUUGAUCAAUAAGAUGAAACAAACAUCUCCAUGGAUAUAAAUUUCUAGCAUUUUGUCAGUACUCACGAAGCGAUCACAUCCAUAUUUGUCUAUUUUUGUGGGUAUUGUGUAAACAUUCGCCAAGAAAAUGGCAAAAGGCAAGGGGAAGAAGGGGGGCAAAAAGAAGGGUAAAGGAAAAGUAGAAAAACCCGAAGGAGCUCUAACAGAAGUCGACAAAACCUUCUACGAACUCACCAUAACAGAUCUGAACAGAAAAUUGGCCCGUUUAAGAUCCACCAACACCGAAUUAGAAGAAAAAAACGAAACCCUCAAUGAAAAACUAACAAAAUUAGACGAAGAUCGAAACGACGUCAUAGUUUACCUCAAGAGAAUCCUUCAAGAACGCACUGAGGAGAUAAACGAGCUCCAGGUGGGCAUAACAAAGCUACAGGAGUCACUAGAACAAGACAAAGAAGAAUGUACAACAAAAACCGAACAAAUGGAAAACGACUACAAACAAAUGCACGAACAACUAACAUCGGAGAUAAAACUUCUAGAGGGAAAACUCAACGCACUCGAAGAAUUCCGCGUUCAAAGGGAAGACCUGAUGAAGAAAUUCGAAGCUCAAGAGGACCAAAUGGAAGAACAAGAACAAAAACAUAAGAGGGCGAUUUACGAGAUCGAAAGAAAGUUCAUAAUAGCUAAGGAUAAACUAAAAAAGGAAAUGGAAGCGAGACUUCUACAACUCUCGACUGAAUUUCAAGACGCUACAGAAAUUCGAAUAGCUGCAACCACACACAGGGUGAUCAGAGAGAAUAUCGCCAUCAACAAUGAGUUGGACGAGAUGCUGAACGUUCAUAAACGUCUAUAUUCUGAAAACCAAGACAUGAAACAGAGGGAUAAAACGUUGAGACAGCAGGCUCAACUUCACUGCAUCGAGAAGAACAAAGCUUUGGGCAAAGCAAGAGUGCAAGGGAAAGUUAUAGAACAGCUCACUGGCGAACACGAAUCCAUGAAGAAAAAAUUGGAACAUUUCAAAAAUAUCGAGUCUGACAUGCACGUAGCCAGGGAAGAACUGUACAAAGCCCACCUGAAAGUUCAAUCUUUGGAGAAUAAGAUCCGAGUGUUGGAGCAAAACUUCCACGCUGCCAAAUGCACCAUAACUUCUUUGGAGACCAACUCAUCGUAUUACCUGGCUGAAGCUACACGUUUGGAGGCAGUUCUCCUGGAAGCUGUCGGCGCUAUAAAAGAAGCGGCGAAGAUACAAAGAGCGCAGAGAAUAACAGAUAAAGCAACAUUGGCGACCAAAAGGGAGAACCUACUGAACCAACUCUUCAAACUGAUGAUCACGGCGAAAGAUACGAAGAUCAAGAAACCCUCACUGUCCUCGGUCAGUUCCGUUGAAAGUAUCUACAAGAAGGGUGACUUGGGUUUCGUCCCGCCUGAAUCUAAGGUUAUCAGACCAACCCUUCGAGCAAUAAGAACGUUACAGUCCCAGACUGGAUCUAGCCUUGGAGAAGGCUCUGGAGACGAAGGCGCCAAAGCUCAGACGGGCACGUCUAUAGGACAAGAUGAUGGGAAGAUCUACCAGGAGGAAUCUAAGGAAGAAGAAAAUUCACAGCCGAGUGUUGUGUUCUUUGACGAUAAAGAAAGUACGGAGGAGGAGGAACCUUUGCCUAUGCCAGAAGAGGUUGAAGAGAUCGGAGAGAUUGAUCCGCUAUCCGUCACGCAGAUGAUGAGUAGCGUGGGAAGAUUGCCAGUUACUAAGAGUACCAGUAGGACAGGCUCUAAACCCGCUAUCGAAUAGAUAACGUUUUGUCACACGGGUUUUUUUAAUUUUAUAGUGAUGUAUCUUACAUUUAUAUCUAUAUCUUUACUUUAUACCAAUAAAUAAAAUUGAAGUGCACUCUGUAAUUAUCUUAACAUAAUCAACUUUUUUAAAUUUU